GAAGAGUCAGACAGGAAAAUGCAAUGGCUCUUGAGGUCAGGGUAGAGUCUGGUAUAAAUGUAUUGCCACAGACAACACUUGUACCGACUUUACAACAGCAACAACAGGUUCCCCAUCAUCACUCAUCUCCACAAGGACAGUAUGAGCGCUUCCGUGGCCGUGUAUAGGAAUAUUUACUCGGAGGACCGCUUCAAACAGGCCUACGGCUCCGAUGACGACACGAGUGGAAGUUUGCGGCUGCGGGAGAAGCUCGCCGAGAGGUGCAGGUGUUCAAAGCGAGCAUGCUUCCACCUGUUGAAGGAGAGGGUCCCUAUUUUCAGCUGGCUGCCGAGAUACAGACUCAAGAAAUGGAUUUUAGGAGAUACUAUAGCGGGACUGACAGUUGGUAUUCUUCACAUACCGCAAGGCAUGGCCUUUGCUUUGCUUACAUCAGUGGCUCCAAUAUUUGGCCUCUACACCUCCUUCUUCCCCGUGGUCCUCUAUAUGUUUUUUGGCACAGGUCGACAUGUGUCAACAGGUACCUUUGCAGUGGUGAGUCUGAUGACUGGCUCUGUGGUGGAGCAGCUGGUUCCAACUCCACUGGAGAUGAACUCCAGCUCCCCUGAAAUGGCAGAGUUUGAGGGCCAGAGGAUCGGAGUGGCCUCUGCUGUAGCACUGCUCUCAGGAAUUAUUAUGCUGUGUAUGUGUGGCCUUCAGCUGGGGUUCCUCUCCACCUAUCUGUCAGAGCCGAUUGUGAAGGCCUUCACUAGUGCUGCAGCCUUCCAUGUUACCAUCUCACAGCUGCAAAGCAUGCUUGGGCUGCGGCUCCCUCGCCACACUGGGACAUUCUCUCUCUUCAAGACUUUAGCAUCAGUGAUGGAGAACCUGCCUCACACCAACAUGGCCGAGCUGCUCAUCUCCUUGGUGUGUUUGGCUGUCUUGGUGCCAGUUAAAGAAAUAAACAUGCGUUACCGGCAUCGCCUGCGGACACCUAUACCUAUAGAGAUCCUCACAGUGAUCAUUGCUACAGGUGUGGCCUAUGCCUCUUCAUUGGACUCUUCCUAUAACAUUGAGAUAGUGGGCCACAUCCCAGCAGGAUUCCCGAAGCCUCAGAUGCCCGCCUUCCACACUUUCCCUGACAUAGCUGGAGACACAAUAGCAAUCACAUUUGUUGGAUAUGCUGUAUCGGUGUCCCUUGCGAUGAUCUAUGCAGACAAACAUGGUUAUUCCAUACAUCCCAACCAGGAGCUCCUGGCUCAUGGCAUCUCCAACACUGUGUCAUCUUUCUUCACCUGCUUCCCCAGCUCAGCCACUUUAGCCACCACUAACAUACUGGAGAGUGCUGGUGGAUACACACAGCUCUCCGGCUUGUUCACAAGUCUGGUUGUUCUGAUUGUCUUGCUACUGAUCGGACCACUGUUCCACUUUCUACCCAAGGCAGUUCUGGCAUGCAUCAAUGUGACCAGCCUCAGGCAGAUGUUCCUGCAGUUCCAGGACUUACCCGAGCUGUGGAGAAUCAGCAAGAUUGACUUUAUGGUAUGGGUGGUAACCUGGCUCUCUGUUGUGAUACUGAACGUUGACCUUGGCCUUGCCAUCGGAGUGGUUUUCUCUAUGAUGACCGUCAUCUGCCGCACACAAAGGGCUGGCUGUUCAGUGCUUGGUCGGGCCAGCAACACAGAAAUCUACAGACCACUGGAGAACCACAGCAAGUGCUAUGAGGUGCCAGGAGUAAAGAUCCUGACUUACAACGGACCUAUUUACUAUGGCAACCGCAGCUUCUUCAGAGAGGAGAUGAGCAGGCUGCUGGGCCUGACGCCAGAGAAGAUCCGCAGCCGAGAGAAGGCCAGGAAAGCCCUGGAGAAACGAGAGAGAGAGACCACCGUCAACACUGUGGAAAGAGGCAUUGCAAACACAUCGUUUUCCUCAGAGCAUGAGUUCUUUAAAUCUGAAACCUCUGAGAGCGAUGUUCAGGCAGUGUUAAUCGAUUGCAGCAGCGUCAUAUUUGUUGAUGUUGCUGGAGCAAGACUCUUUACACAGAUGUGUACUGAAUGCCAGAAAGCUGGAGUUCAUGUUUAUCUGGCAAACUGCAAUGAGAGCGUCUUAAAGAUCCUUACAUCGAGCGGUCUUAUGAACUUCAUGAACCCUCAGCACAUAUUUGUCACAGUUCAUGAUGCUGUGAUGUACAUUCAACAACAGAAGGAAAAACCUUCAGAGAACAGCACUACAGUCUGGGUAUGAGGCAGGAGGACAGCGAUGGCUCAUCAUCCAGGUGCCUUGAACCAAUAAAGGCAGAGGACUUGAGUUUUGGUUACAUAAGCAGAGGUGAUGUCUUUCAGCCCAGCAGCACUCCAGUGUUUGGUCCAAACUGUACUGUAGAGCAACGUUUAAAGAUGCAGUAGCCUGUUGUAGCACUAUGACAUGCAUUAUGAUUACAUUACAGUGUUACCAGUUUUAUCAAAGCUGUUGGACUUCAAGGAAAGUUUCAGAAGCAGUUCAUUCAAAAACAUAAACACAACAUUUAUUUAGUGUCAAAAAUCUGUAAUACAAGUCAUUUUUUUUGGCUUUUGACUAUAAACUUUGUAUGAAAGAUAUUAAUUACAUCAAUUGUUUUGUUUGUUGUUGUCAUAUAUGCUGGAAUAUUACCAUAGCGAUAUUUAUUUAGUUUCUGUUUGUUGUUUGCAAAACAGAUACAUUUAAGGUGCACUGAAUAGUUUUAUAAAAUACUGUGUAUAUUUAUGUCUUCAAAUGUAACUGUGUAAAUGCCAUCAUACAUUGUCUUAUAUAGGUGUUGUUUUUACACUCCAGAGAGACUGCACAAACUGUUGUAUGAAUGACUUCUCUAUGUUGUCAGUAUCUGUGUCACUCAGCGACUGUCUUGAUAAUAAAUAUGUCUCCAAAAUAAA